AAACACAACAAACAAACCUUCAAAGAUUUCUACCUAUGGAGGAAGAUAAUCCCCAAAUACUUCAACAUGCUCACUCUGAGUUUAAUAGACAGAAUUUCAAACGGGCAGAAGAACUGUACACACAGUUUAUCUCGUCCUGCUUAAAGUCCAGGGAAUGUGAAGCUAAUAAUUUAGCUACUGCUUAUAACAACCGCGGACAGAUAAAGUACUUCCGGGUGGAUUUUCAUGAAGCAGUGGAGGACUUCACCUCCGCAAUACAGACUGACAGCUGCUUUGAAACACCUUUCUACAACAGAGGACUCGUCCACUAUAGAUUAGGUUUUUUCGACGAUGCCAAGAAUGACUUCCAGCAAGCAUUAAAGCUCAAUCCAAAUUUUGAAGAUGCCAAAAUGAGCCUGCAUCAGACACUUCUGGACCAACAGGACAAGAUUAACAGGGGAUACUAACAACUUCAUAAACCAUAGAGUACAUAUUUUAUAUAUGCUGAAAUCUGAUGCCUAAAGAAAAUAUGUAUAUAUUCUGUCAAGUGUACUUAACAUGUAUGUACAGCUGUCAUAACAAAUUAAAAUAAUUUGAUCUGAAGAGGAACACUUUUAUUAAAGAUAUCAGCAUAAAGAUGAACCCACAAGUGAAACACAAAUAAGAUAAAACAACCUGCAAAAAAAAUGACAACACUGGAAAUAAAGCGAUAACUUUAAAACAUUUUAGUAGACAUCCCACUGGAUCAGGCGCAACGUUUAUAUGGAUUUUUGUUAAGCAGAGCAUUGAUAAUUCCGUUUCUGCACUGACUCAACAGUCUUCCAGUUGGAAAAUGAUGUAAUGGCCUCAUAAAUGAAAGUAUAUCAUUGUUUAAGACGAAUCAACCCAGGCGAAACGGAGAGUUUAGGUUUUAUGGUCAGGAAUAAAUGUAAAAAGAGGAGGUUUGUGACUAUAAACAAAUCAUUAUCAAGUGUUAGCAUACAGUAAUGAGUCCUAGCUGCAAAAUAAAAAUAUAUUUUGUGUCUUGAAUUGAAGUCUCUCGGGUGAUUUAUGGUUUUAAAGGUAGUCAUCCCAACAUUCUUCCUUGAUUAUGUUGACACUUGGAUUUCUUAAAUAAUAAAACAAUAUAUAUAUAUUUAUGCUUUUUUAAAACACUGAACAAUAAAUUAUUUUAUUUUAUCACACUACUGAUAAAUGUGUAUUU